GCAAUCUUCAUAUUCGCAUUCAAGACUUACGAUCCACCAACCCACCUCGAAAUGAAACUUCUUUCCGUUGUGAUUGCCGUUCUGGCUGCCUCCAGCGUUCAGGCCGCUGCCCUUCAAAAGUGGUGCUGGCAGCCUGGUCAGGGUUGCUACAUGCUGAAGCGUGCCGCUGAUGCCACUGGUGAGGUUAAGCGCUCCGCUGAAGCUCUUGCGGAGGCCAUGGCCGCAGCCUCCCCCGAUGCCCUUCAGAAGUGGUGCUGGCAGCCAGGCCAGGGUUGCGAGAAGAUCAAGCGCGCUGCUAGUGCCGUCGACGAGGUGAAGCGCACCGCCGAUGCUCUUGCUGAGGCUUUUGCUGCCAUGGAUGAGGAGGAGUAA